CUAAAUAGAAACAAGCGUAGUGGGAGGUGUAGUCCUGAAAGACGUAUUUGCUGGGACAUUGAGCCAAUAGAAAUGUUCCGUGUAACUACAUUUCCCAAAAUCGUAUUUGGUCCAACUUCAUGGCUGUUGUGUGUAGAGUUUCAUCUGACCUGUAUCGUGUUUUGAACAGUUUAUUCUAGAUAUAAAGUUUAAAUUGAGUGAAAGUGGUUAUCAAGAAAUGGAUGAUGACGUUCCCAAGUCACAAUCCCCACCGUUUUAGCUGGAGGACGCGAGCAAAGAGUGCAUCUGCAGACAAGAAUGGCGACAUCGAUCAGUGGAGGAAGCGAGUGGAGAAGGCUUCAGAGUUUGCUGUGUCUGAAGUCUUCUCUCACAAGAAACCCCCCUCAGGAGUCGGCAGCCUGGCUGUAGCAUUGCAGAGCUCUGACCAGUUAAGGGAUCACGAUGAUGCUUACAGCGAAGCUCAGAGUCUUCUGAGCGAUUGGCUGGGCAGUAAACUGCGGCUGGAGCUGGAGAUGGAUGAGGAAGAUGACCUGAUAUGCUCCACGGAGAGGAGAAGCCCUGCUGCUUUAGCAGACCCUCAGCCCACCACUCUAACUUAUGACAACUUUGAUGAUCUCUACAAGUGCCUGACUGAGGAAGAAGAUCACAGCGCUGUUAACAGCUUCCUACAAGACCUGAUGGAGCAAGAAGUGUUGGACUGUGGCAUGAUGGAGGAACUGGCUCUCGAUGUCGGACAAACAAGGAGGAAGCUCAGAAAUCCAAUGGUCACCAUGGAAGCGCGACACCAGCAGGUGCGAGAAAACAGAGCGCGGCGGGAGGCUGAGAGGCAGCGGCAACAGAGAGAGAGGGCGUCUCAGCUGGAAGUCAGAGAGGAGGCGAAGAGGAGGGAGCGGGAGGAGGAGAUGAGGAGGACGCGGGAGGAACGUAGGCAGGAAGAGCUUUUGCAGCAGGAGGUGGUGAGACUGCGGCGUCAGAUGGCGGAGCAGAGAGGCCUGGAGCAGCUGGCUAAACAGAGGGAAAGGGAGAGAGAGGAGGCGCAAGGGGCAGUGAGAAGCCUCCAAUCAGCUCCAGCACUUCUUGGAAAACCUCAGCAGCGCGACACAGAUGGAUAUAAAGGACAAAAAAUUCAAGCCAAGGUUCAAAUCAACAACCUGAAGUGUGUGCAGAGGCAUUUCUCUGCAUGGUACUCAGUGUUGCUGGACAGGAGGAUGCGCAUAGGGAAGGCGAUGGCCCUGUGUGACUGGAGGAGGCAGCUGAGAGCGUGGCGCGCGUGGCGGGCCGUGGCGUGGGCCGCGCAAAAGCAGCGGGAGGUGGCCAGCGUGGCGGAGGCGCUACGAGCUGAGAACAGACAAUGCCAGGUGGCUGUGGAGAGUGACCGGAAGCGGCUGCUACGGCGAUGUCUGAAUGAGUGGCAGCUGUGGUGCCGCACGGAAAGGGAACAACGAGAGCUUUUAGCCCGGCAGCAGGAAACCCGGCGCAGGAUGGCCGACCUACUCAGCGCCGCUUUGACGGGCAAACUCCAGGCUGCACCGACCCCAGAUCCUCAGCCGGCGACGGCUCCGCCCGGGGCUCCCGCUCCGGCGGGCGCCGCAGGGGAGGAAGGUCACCCCACGCCGGUCAUCUUAGCCCCCGUCACCUCUGCACCGCAUCGCGUGGAGCCCACUGAGCCGUGGCAGGUGACCAGGGGACACGUAGCCCCGGACGCCGCCGAGCUCCGCGAGGCGCGGCGGCGAGGUGGAGGUGGAGGUGGAGGUCCCAACGCCGCCACGUCACCCGGCACCAGGUUGGAAAGCAGACAUGCCGCUCAGCAGCAGAUUAUCACACAGCAGAGGAGGCUGCUGAGGGAGCAGCAGGAGCAAAUCACAAGGCUGAGGCAGGAGCAGAGCAUGAUGGGAUUGGAGCUGGAGAUGGAGAAGGCGACGCAGCUUACCCGUCCGGCGGCGAGAGGCGGCUCGAGGACCCAGAACGUUAAUCCCACAGAGCAGAGGGCGGAGGGAGUUCCUGGAGAACCUGACAGUCUGUGUACGCCUCGGAGGAAAGCUGUCACACGCCAGACGUGCCCCCAUCCAAUCAUCACGGCUAUGGAGGCUCGUGCUCAUCAACGCUCAGAAAGAAGAAAGGAAGUUGAGGAGCUCAAGAGGAAAAAAGAAGAGGAAAAGCUGGCUGAAAUGAAAGCUGCCGAGGAGCAGAGGAGGAGGGAGGAGGAGGAGGAGAAACGCAGAGCAGUAGAAAAGAAGCGGGAGGAGAAGAGGCUGGAGAGAGAGAGGGAGGAGGAGAAGCAGCGGCAGCGGAGAAGGCACCAGGAGCUCCUGAAACGCUCCCGUCAACAUUACGACAGAUCCCUGGUGCUGAGGCGAGGCCUGGCGCCAUGGAAACGCCUCCUUCAGCUCACACGGGCCAACGCAGAGCUGGCCCACACCCAUCACAGUCUCAUCCUCCUGAGGCGCUGCACGCUGGGCUGGCAGCAAUCAGCCAGAGAGUCUGCGGCCGAGCGGGAGGCUUCUGCCGACCAGCUACACCAGCACUUUCUGCUUCGGAGGAGCUUAAGCUGCUGGAAAAGACUAAAAGACUGGCGCAUGAUUCAGGAGGAGCGGGCGGAGCGUUUCUACCGUUCCCGCACGCUGAAGAGGUUCCUGGCGGCGAUACUGGACCACGUGACCGAGGAGAAACUGGUGGAGAUGGACCGUCUGGAGCUGGCUCAGGAGCACGACAACAGACGGGCGCUGCGGCGAUGCUUCCUCACCUGGACGCAGCUGCCGUGUCUGCAGCGCAAGGAAAGAGAGAGGGAGCGGCGGCGGGAAAAGCUGGGACGGAAAGUUGCCGAGGUCCUGCCCGAUUUCUGCUCCAAUCCACUGUGAAAUCCCUACGAGGAGAUAAAGCUGCAGAGGAGGCGCUCUCAGCUCCAGCAGUAUACGAUGAUACAAGUAGGGGUGUGCUCAUGCUUUACAUUUGUUUAAUGAAAAUAAAUAAACAGAAGUGGAUACAAAUAGA